CCUGCACUGAGGCAUCCCGUGCGUGGUCGAAUCCUGACAUACCGGCAUGGGAGACUCGGGCCAACAAAAGGACCUUGUUGGAGCAGAGUACGGCUUUACGAACUAUAGCAUGUCCCGCAUGGCUGACGUGUCAAGCUCAGACGAGAAUGCUGGUGGCAAAAGUAGCGUUGUUCGAGUGGUGGUCGUCGUAGUCAUUGGCAUUUGCCUCCUGGCAGCAGCGAUUUUCGGCAUUUUCAUGCUCUUGAAGAACGCAAAGCAGGCACCCGUGACAGGGGGACCAUCUUCAACCGACGUCAGUUUCUCCACCAAAUCAACACAGGACAGAAACGAUCCGGCCCCAACGCCAGCAGACCCGAACCCCGGAGGAAAUUCGACAAAUGUCACGACUACAGACGCACUACCCCCCAUAGGAUUUCAACGCGAAGCCGAAGACAAUACGUCCGCUAUGAAAUACGCUCUUCAGCUGGAUGACGCCAAGCCUUCCACGAAUUCCAGAAUGUCAUUCGGAUUGUACCAGGUUAAUGCAGGAGCAGCAAGCCUUGGGAAGAACGACGACUGGAAGAAAAUAUAUAGCGAGCUGAUGGACGCAACGUACGCCGCGGAUGGCGAUACAGAUGCAGUUACCUCGCCGCCUACCAGCUACAACGACUCACCGAGAACUAGCGUGCAUAGUGUUCGAUCAACACCACGGCGACGAGCAGAACCAGCAAUUGAACUUCAAAUAUUCGAUCCAUCUUCCUUAAUAUCGCUGAACGAAACGGAUGAUACCAGUAAUAUUGAAGCGCCGGUCAACGUAAAAAAUCGAACGCUUCACUUCGCUUUGCCGAAUACCGACAAGUGUACCGUAUGUGCCGGUGAAGUGGCUAGGUUGAAGCAGCUUAUAAGCUCGACGAAAGCGCCCUGCAACGACUUCUACGAGUUUGUGUGCGCUAGAUUCAGCAGAACACUUAAGCUGGUUGGCAACGUCAAGUUCGUGACGUCACCCAUCAGCCAAGACAUUAUCAUUGCCAAGAGCGUCGAAGAUAAGUUGUAUGACACGAUCACCUGGAAAGAUUACCUUUCAGGGAACAAGGAAGCAGGAUGGGCACACAAGGUAGCGUGGGACAGCUGCGUGUUAGACAAGCAAAGCCCCACGACUUCAAAGUCGGUGCUUCGUCGUUUAGUUGAAGACCUUGGACUGGUGGGCUGGCCGUACAACAGCCGCGAACACUUCACCGAGGGCACAGUUGCAAGAAUCACAGCUGCCCUCGCUCGACAACUGGGCCUAAACGUGCUCUUUGGAGUCGGUCUAGUGUCACUGGUCGCCGAUGACCAUUCAAGACACUACUUCAGCAUAGAAGAGCCUGACCUGCUUCUACGAUCUUGCAACACCAUCAGCCCAACGCGCGAAGUCACUUGGUACUCUGAGCUCGUCAAGGCGGCCAUACUCAUAUUGACAUCUAACAUCACUGGCAUAAUCGACAUACAGGAAGCCAUCUUCAGUAUAUCCUGCAGUCUUGCUAAGGCUGCAUCCAGAAAAGAAGAACGCACCUAUAUUUUUCAACAGACCACAAUUCAGCCACUGAUGAGCAUGAACACCCUGGUGAUGCCAAUCAAAGCCUUUCUACAGGACAUCACAACCCUCAGCAUGGACGCCAGCAUCGCGAUCAAGCACCCUGCGUUUAUCGAAGUACUUCAAUCACUUCUCCAGCCAGAGAACUAG